AUGAUCGCACGAGCAGGAAGCUCUGACCAUACACAGAUAGAGAGAGAGAGAGAGACAGACAGUCCAAGAGAGAGACGAUCCAGCACUCACACUUUCAGCUCAAUACAGAGAGAAGACAAACUUACAGGGCCGCUUCUGCGCUCUCUUCACACUGUUAUACUUCUGAAAGCCGACUCUUCUGAAAGUCGCUCGCGUUGCCCUCCGGGGACAUUUUUUUUUCUUUUUCAAAUAAAUUGGGAUAUUUCGUGUGACAUGUUGCCCUCGUUUCCACGAGAACCGCGGCUUUCCUCCCAGCGCUCUUUGAACGUGCAGUGCUCUGGCUGUUCCCUCAUAAAGGCUGUUGGUGUUCUUCAGAGGUAAUGACUGCGCGCUGAGGAACCAGGAUUGCUUGCACGUGUGGGACACUCUUGUGAAGAAGCAUUAGCAGGCGGAAGAGAGAAAACUGUUAAAGAAAACAUAAAAGGAACGAAAGGGAAACAAGAAACAGACAAAUAAAUAAAAAAACACUGGCGCAAAAUGGAUCUGCCUCCGUUUAGGGGUUUAUCCGAUGUACCCUGAUAUUGGUCAGCCUUGCAGAACUGCCACUACCCUGGUGGCCCCGACGGAAAAAUGGAUCCAGUGACAUCUUUUCGGUUGGACCCUGAAGGUCUGGAUCUUCAGCAGGUCCCUGUGUUGUCCAUUGACCAGAUCCGUGCUAUAAGGGCUAGCAAUGACUAUGUAGAGCGCCUGGUGGCACUAGAGCCUUCCACUCAAGUCGGCGUUUUCUAUGCACACGACGAGCGACAUCCUCCGAUGUCUCGCAGUCAAAGUCAACAUCAACAUUCCCACCUGGCCCACCUGAGUCGCUCCAGCACUGUCAGCUCAAUGUCCCGUGGCAGCGCUACUUCGGAUCAAAGACUUCUUACAGGACUAACGUCAUCUCAUUCCGGUCUAGCAUCCGUGGUGAGGUCUCAGCCCAAAGGUGACUUGAAACCGGACUCGCUAGGCAAAGGACUGGCUGACGGUGAGGACUUAGGCAUGCACCUCUUCAUCUGUGAACGCUGUGGCCAUUGCAAAUGCCAAGAGUGCUGUGCACCUCGUAGUUUGCCCUCGUGCUGGACCUGUGGACAGUGCUGCUUGUGCUCAGCUGAAAACGUCUUGGAGUACGGCACUUGCCUGUGCUGUGUGAAGGGUCUCUUCUACCACUGCUCGGCGGACAAGGAGGACAACUGUGCCGACCGCCCGUGCUCCUGCGCACCGGCUCACGCCUGCUCACGCUGGAGCGCUAUGGCCUUUUUGGCUCUUUGCCUGCCAUGCCUGUGCUGCUACCCACCUGCCAAGCUGUGCCUCACCCUAUGCCAGCGUGGCUACGACCGCGCCACCCGUCCCGGCUGCCGCUGCAGCAACACCAACACUGUGUGCCGCAAGAUCUCCGCCACCAACCCUGCGCCAUUUCGCAAAACCCUGGAGAAGCCUGUAUGACAGCCCAUCUAGUAUCUCUCCUGUGAGGAGACAGCUGUGGAAUUCUGCUAAAAUGACCUUCUCGAAACCAGUCAGGCCUCCCUGCAUCGUGCCCAUCAUCAUGUAUCCGCCUUGCCCUUUUUUAGUCAUUCUUCGUCUAUUUAUUUAUUUAUUAGACUUUCCUGGAUAGGGUUGGGUAAUGCAGACCAUAUGUAACAGAUACAGGGAGUAAGCUAUCAGAAAAAAUGCAGAGCUUGUACUGGAUAAAAAGGAUCACGUACCUUUGCGCGUGUCUUCUUCAGCCUUAUGGACAAACUGCAAGCAAGCUGGCUCACUACAUGGAUACAGGGCGUUGGUUACGUAGAAAAAAGAGCCUAACCAAAAAUUCUGACUCGUGUAUGUCAAUUCUAUUUGACGCCAAAAACGGGACCAUUUCAAAUCAGAAUAUUAAGCUCACCUAUGAGGGAUGUGUUUCAAGAGAGGCAUAAAGAGAGACACUGUGUGUGUGUGUGUGUGUGUGUGCGUGUGUGUGUGUGUGUGUGUGUGCGUGUGUGUGCGUGUGUGUGCGUGUGUGUGCGUGAGUGAGUGCGUGUAAGGAAAGAAGGUGGAAAAAAUGUGUGUACGUAUGUGCAUGUAUGUGCAGUCUCAGGCCGGCAUCUGUUGUCAGCAGAAGCCUCUCUUUUUAUUUUUAGAGGAACUACUCUAAAAGAUAAAGUGUCUGGUCAGGUUUCCAGCCCGGGGCAGCCUGACGCCAACCUCUCCCAGCCACUCUCUUACAUCCUUACCUCUCCUUUUCUCCGCUGCCCAUUGUGCUUACCAGCUGCAGAACGACGGCGAUAGGAUCCUUGACCUUUUCUGCGUCUAACCACGCUGUGGGACCAAACGUCAUGUGACUGUCUGUCCACCUCGACGGUGCUCUCAGGAUGGGAAACAAGCCAUUAUUUCAGAACAGUUUGGCCAGGAUCACGUCAAUGCAAAAGAUGCUUUAGGUCAACAUAAGACCCAGUCCUGAGCAGCAAAGUGAAGCCAUUGUGGUUCCCUUUUUCUGCCGUACGUGGACCGCGAGCAUCUCUGAGGACAUUGGCCUUUUCCGGCCCUGAAUGCUCCACAGGAAGUGAGGUUAUUGUGUCAUCGAACGGGAAGGAUUGUAUUGAGACAAGGGCUUAAACACCUGAUCAGAUGGAGGCAGAGUACCACACUUGCGAACAAGGCAAAACAGAUGCACUGACAACCAAAACCGGAAUGCAUGAUGAAUGAAAUCUGUUACAAGUGUGUGUGUUCUUCCCCACUAAUGCACAUCCUUGUGAGUUCCUUUGCUAUAUUUUUGUAUGUACAUAGAAUUGUUAUUGUAUUUGUAUUUUUAUUCCAUUUGUUUUAAUCUGGUUAUUAUUACCGUUAUUUUAUAUUACUGUUGGACAUUAACCUUGUCAGAGGCCUGGCUAAUACUUAAGACUAACCAUAAAGCUGAUUUUGUAUUGUGGAGGAGAGGUUCCUUCGGGGUAACACUUGUUUUGCGUUGCAGAAUUGUAAAUACCCUUCAAAAUUUCAGUAAUUGGGUUCCUUUGGUUGCUUUCUAUACCCCUGGUCACGAAUUGCAGUUGCUCUGAGCAAAAACAAUUCAUUACAAAAAUCAAAAUCUGUGGCAAGCUUUAAAAGUUAGCGCCGAUAGCAACGCACAGUGUAAAAUAGUGAGACGGUUCCUCUCCUCCACAGUCGCAUCUCAAGAGAACGGCUUCUCUAUAGAGGGGUCGUGAUGUGGCUAUGGGUUUCAAUGAGUAGGUACAUGCAAUUUACAGGAAUGCCUAACUGGUGCUGUCCGCAGUCUGCGUUAACCACUAAAAAUUCACCAUGUUGUAUUAGUAAGUAUUGCUUUGGUACAGUUGGCAUCUUGUAAAUUGUAAGAGAAUUAAAGAAGAAUAUAUAUAUAUAUAUAUAUAUAUACAUAUAAAUAUAUAUAAAUCUAUACAAAUGAAUAUAUUAUAUAUAUAUAUAAAAUAUAUUAUACAUUUUACACUUUUUUGUUGCUGAUAUUAUCGUAAAGCCACAGAUAUUUAUUUAAAUGGUUGCAAGAAAAGCUAUGUAUUUAUUUCGGGGUGAAUGAUGGAAGGAAUUCAAUGAAAAGACCCAUGUGAUGAUUUCAGCUUUUUUUCAGAGUGAAAUGGUGGGUGUGGCCGUAGGGCCGUUGAUAAUAAAUAAAAAAGUUUUCAAAUAGUCUGCUUGUUCAAGACUUCUUUACAUCCGUGAGAAUUGUAAUAAUAAGAAUUGUAACCCAGACUCUCGAAUGUUUGACGUAACGUUUGCUUUACUUUAUAGCUUUGCUGAACUAUGCCAGCCUUUAAAGGCACCUUUGAUAUCCACAGCUGCAAAU